AUGAACACUUCUUCCGAAUAUUCCGACUCUUUUUCCGAUGGCUCUUGCGGCAACGGAUUCUCUGGCUUCAUGUCAUCGACUCCAAAGAGAUCUAGCAGCAGAAUCAACAUGCCAGUCAUGCCUAAGAAGCUUCACCGAACAAAGUCCACUGCAAGAUCUCUCAAGAACAUUUACAGCUCUGGCAAUGAAACUGACUCUGUGACAGCCGCCGUUGCUCAGCCAGUCAAGAGACGACACCGACAGAAGACUCAGAAAAUCCGAUCCUUCGCUAGCCAGAGAAUGACGAUUGCAAUUGGAGUGCUCAGAUCGACUGAUCCAGUCCCAAAUGAAAUUACAAACGUCCCAUCUUUCGAGGAUGAGUGCAAGUCCGACGAGCCCAUCUACAACUGCAAAAUCUGCUCGAAGAAAUUCUUCCACGAGUCCGCCAAGGUUGCUCAUGAACUCCUCCACACUUCGACCUUACCCCGAAAGAAAAUGCUCCCCAGACCACGCGAAAAUCUCAAGCGACGGUGCCUCAACAAGCAAUUUGCCCAGAUGAACCUUGAGGAGGCCCUUCCAAAAGCGCCAGAGAAGCCGAUCAUCCUCAAGAGUCCCUUCAGAAAAGUCAACUUGGAGCUCUCCUUUCAGGCAAUUGAGAAGCAACACACCUGCUCCGUUUGCAACAAGAAAUUCGCCCGAAAAGCAUCGAUGAGAAUCCACCAAGCAAAACGACACUUCCAUACUCGUGAAUUUCUCCUCGUUCUGUAA